AUGGGGGAGGGUGGCGGUGUUCUUGGACGCUGUAUGUGGCGUAGAAGUUUAUCUGAGGUAGCGACGAGACGAAAAAAAAUUUGGCCAUCAGAAUUAUUUGUUCGAUAUGCACUUUCAGCGCCAUCGGUCAGCGAAAUGGCCCUGCUGGAUCUGGACAACGUUGCGCCGCACCUCGAACGAAACUCGAUUCUCUCGAUACCAGAGUACAGGAUAAAAGAUGGCCGCUAUGCGGUAAGCCCAUUUUCGCUGUUGCCAAUCUGUCUGGACGGGUCGAGGCUUAUCACCGUCACAUGUCAAAAGCUGACUUUAUCUCAGAGACGCCGGCUGGAGAUAUUAUCUUAUGUGGCACAAGGGACUUGCGGGCGUUGUAUUCAUGGGCUGGAAGGGACGGAGUUUGCUGGAAACGUUGAAGCUGAUGUGUUGCAGGUGUACAUCAUACGAGUGACGAUCGAUUCGAUUAGCUGGACAGUGGAAAGGCGAUACCGCGACUUUGCUGCAUUCGACGUGCAACGUUUCGAGGAUCGUCGCAAGUCGUUUCUUCCACCGAAGAAAUUCAUUGGCAAUCUGGUAUAA